AUGUGUCAAGAGACCAUUACAGUUUACGCCUGUGGCCAUACAAAGCUCAACGGUUCUGACCGUUGUGCCGCCGCCGUCUACGAACAAGGCUCGUCGCCUUCAGCCUUCCGUCAAACAUUUUCAUGCGCCAAUUACGGAGUCAGACACUUGCGAGCAGGCGUUGCCUGUGGCAUCGGACGUGUCUAUUGCGGCGUUACUGCAGCAGGCAAAGAGGUCGAUCAAGCUUACAACAAGCGGGCCAUCAUAUGCAAAGACAUUGCCAACAUGAACGGACAGAUUAAUGUAUUCAGUGAAGACUUGCAAUGGCGUGGCUUGCAGCUACGUAUCGCUGCCGAGGCUCAUACUGGAGGUCGCAAAGCCAAUUCUUUCGCAAUCUCCAGUGUCGGGCGUGAUGCUGAGUUCCUCCAUACUAAAGCUGUUGGUCUUCCCUUUGUUCAAGAAAGGAGUACCCUCAUCGAACAGUAUUGGACUUUGACCACCUUCAUUGAGUCGUGUGAGACACAUUGGCUCCAAGUUUUGAAUCAGCGAAAAGCCAUGAUGCAGAUGCGGCAGCAGGAACAACAAGCUGCAGCAGCCUCGCAAAUGGCGAAGAUGAUGCGCAUGAAUACGAUAGAACGGCAGCAAGGGCUGCUAUCUGAUGCGCUUAUGAAUGCAACGGAGGCAACGCGUCGCAAGGACAGCGGUAUCGGUCCCGAGAAUGAUACAAUCAAAGGUUCCACAGGCCUCUCUCCGAACGCUAUCGAGAAGCUUGAUCGUCCAAAAAGACGGGCUGAAGCUAUCCCAGAGGCAUCUCACCAUGUCCAGCGGAAGCGAAAGACUUUUGAUCGUUCAUACCCCGGCCAUCAUGACGCCUUCAAUAGUCGAGUCGCAAAUACAGACGCAGAAUCCCCGCCUGAGGUUCGCCGUAGCGCCCGCACGAUCGACAAAAAGGUUGAUUAUUCUCAGAUUUCCUCGACGCAAUCAGAUUCUCGAGAAUCUACGCCUAGCCGAAACUCAGAUUCCGACUCGGCGUUCUCACAGUCCCAAUCCGUUGCGUCCAACGCCUCGACUGCUGUACCUCUCGAUUAUAUGCAAGCAACUAAGCCUUCCAUAGCGAACAGUGCCCGCAGGGGUAUCAGCCACAAUGAUCCCACAGCACCAAGUGGUGCUCCUCUUGUCGUGAAACUUAAGUUGCCUUCACAGGUAUUGGCUAAGGACAGCCUAGGACUGGUAAUUUCACAACAGGAAGCAGAGCCACAAGGUGCACUCGCUGUGUUCGAUAGCACGACCACGAUCGACUUCAACCCAUCGCUCUUCGCAGCGCCGGUGCCACAAGACCUGGUUGUUACACCAGGGCCGCAAACCCCGACGCCUGUUAACAAUGCAGCGCUCCCGAUAUUCGAUACGAGUUUUCCACUGAAUCAGCCUAUGUACUACGAUUCUAAUGCUCUUGACGACGAAGGCUUACAUUUCCACGCAGCUGAAUUAGCGACCCCUGAUGUCGACGACAACAAAAACGACAACGUGUAUACCAAUGAUGGCAGUGAUGGUCAACAAUACGUAUCGACCGAUCAGCAGAUCGCCAAGGAUGCCCAGAAUUCCUUUUACCUGGGAACACACUUCUUCCCGCCAGCGAUGUCACGAAGCAGCCCAACUGGUGCAUUCAGCCCGGGCCCAAUACAAUACGAUACAUUUCAGCCUUCGAGCUUCGUGCAAGACUCGGUGGGAGAGGGCGGUGGUCUUACUGGUGAGAGCGAUCACAGUAGUCCGCUGUCCGAGAUAAACUGGGCGCUUUUGGAUCAGGGCGAAUGA